CAUGCACGGGUUCCGCCUCCUCCCGUCCCUGCUAGCUCGGGGUGCAGCCACCAGAGGGCUCCCGCGUGGGGCCCGGGCCGGCAGCCAUUCACUGGGGCGGGCCCCUGCCCCUGCCCUUUCCCCUUCUCUUCCCCGCCCAGUUCAGCCCCCGCGCCCGCCCUCCUGUACACUCGCCCUGGCCCUGGCCCUGGCCCAUACCGGCCUGCACUGAGCCCUCUGAACCCACCAGGGCCUUCAGCUCCCCGCUCCUGGUCUGUCCCGCGGUUCCGGCCCCCUCCCCGCCCUUGGGCCGGCUGUCCCUUCUGCUCCGCUCUCCGGGCCCUCAUCCACCGGUACCCCAGCAGGCCCCGGACUGGCGGUGAACCAUGGCCGGUGUCCGGCAGAGUGAGGGCACCAUCUCCGUGCAGGGGCAGAAACUCUUCUUCCGGGAGGCCCGGCCUGCCAGCGGGCAGGCUCCGCGCCUCUCUGUGCUCCUGCUCCACGGCAUCCGCUUCUCCUCCGAGACUUGGCUCAAGCUGGGCACGCUGGACCAAGUGGCCCAGGCGGGCUACCGGGCGGUGGGCAUCGAUCUGCCAGGUCUAGGACAUUCCAAGGAAGCGUCUGCCCCCACAGCCAUCGGGGAGCUGGCCCCCAGCAGCUUUCUGCAGAGCGUGCUGGAGGCUCUGGAGCUGGGCUCCACGGUCGUGGUCAGCCCGUCUCUCAGUGGGAUGUACUCGCUGCCCUUCCUCACGGCCCCCGGCUCCCAGCUCUGUGGCUAUGUGCCUGUUGCCCCCAUCUGCACAGAUAAAGUCAGCCCAGCUGACUAUGGCCGUGUGAAGACCCCCACCCUGAUCGUGUAUGGAGACCAGGAUCCCAUGGGGGAGUCAAGCCUCCAGCACCUGCAGCAGCUGCCUAACCACCAGGUGAUGGUGAUGAAAGGCGCGGGACAUCCCUGCUACCUGGACAGGCCCGAUGAAUGGCACUCCGGGCUGCUGGAUUUCCUGAAUGGGCUGUCCUGAGGGCCUGAGCUGGACCCACUGACUGGGGGAGGGAAGGGGACUGAUAGCCACAUUCCUGCCCCUUUUACCUGCCUUCUUCCCUCUCUUUCCAGCCGGCCUGUCUGACAGACCUCUGUCCAGCUCUCCACCUGCCUGUCUGCUCAAAGGGAGCUGGCUCUCUCGUGCCAGGUCUCUGUCUGUCUGUCUGUCUGUCUGUCUCUCUUUCCAGAACUUCAGGUGGAUGAGAAGAAUCAGGAGAAAUAAUGAGGGGAAACCAGGAAUCUCACCCAUGGAGGGUAAUUGAUUAGACACGUUUCUCUCCUUGCGCUUCCUCUGCUCCCCUUCACCUCCAGCCCUUCCUAGGUCUUUUUUUCCAGGCUUCUUCACACCCCCUCCCCCUUCAUCUGUCUGUGCUCACACCUGCACAUGUAGGAUUACAGACGCACACCCAUCUAUCUGCUCCGGGAGCCACCCCUCCGUGGGCACCUUGCCGGCGGAGGUCUCCAGGAGCAAAGGGGCUCCCUGGGUUGGGGGGAAGGUCUUGGCCCUCCGGGUUCCGGGCAGGGUCUGGAGUUCAGGUACGCUGCAGUGGGUGCUCCUUUCUGUUCUGCUGCUUUCUGGCCUCUGGGGUUAGCGUUAACACUUGUUGAGGGGCUCUCCUUCCUCUUUCUGUCUGACACCGGUUCCUGAUGCCCGCAGAGCCUGCCUUUUCCUGCCCUUGAAUCAUGGGGCUUGGGAGAGGAACAGAAAAAUAAAGAGAUCAGAUCCUCUC